AUGUGCUGUCUUCAUGCUCUGGAACAUGUCAGCAAGUGGUUUCGGGCCAAAGUCCAGCAGACAACUGUCGAUUAUCAGGAAAGUGUUUUGGAGACCAGCUAUGCGUUGCUGUGUGUGAUGCUGUUAGCUACUGUGGCUCCAGCAUCUGCUGCAGCACAGCGGGGUAUCAUAGAGAGCCUGCUAUUGGCCACCCAUCAGCACCCCUGGCUCUGGAGUGUCUACGUCUUCACUGUUGGACUUCCUAUCAUUCUCUUCAUAAGCUUCAUGUGGCCUGACAAGAGGUUUGGGCCCCCUGAUCAACAGUACUACUACAAGAAGUCUGAUGAUGCUCAACCAGAUGAACCACAGUCCUCACAGCUGACAAAACCAGUGGAUAUCAAAGGAAAGGCUGACACAGCUGUAACAAGGAGAAGAGACGCUCAUGUCAUGAAGAAUCACUGAUCAGUGCAACAACUUCAGGAGCAGAGGCCAACUUGCAAGAGAAUGUUAAGCAAUCACAUCUUUUGUCAACUGUAUUAGUGACUGGAUAAAACAACACAGUAUAUAAUACACCAAAGCCAAGGAAUGGCUAAAAGUACUGGUGUAAUCAAUGGUUUAUAAGGCUAAAGGAAAAUAUUUCUAAAUGUUCACACACACACACACACACAACAAUAAGAUCACAUUGACAUAAAUAAAUUUCUUUUCUCAUUAUUAGGUUAAGGAUCUGAUGGAGGUAUCCACAUAUACAGUAGGUUAGAUAUACUGACUGUAAGUAGGAUUUGCUAGAUUCUUGUCUUUAUUCAUUGUAACUGAUUUCAGUGUUAAUCUGACAAAAGUAAAAGGACACAUCUCGAUUUCCUUUUAAACCCAAGGAUUGUUUUGAUAUUUUGUCAAAGGAUUUGUUCUGUAGUAAUGUGAAAUACACAUAUUCACUUUCUUGCCUAGAGUUGGAUGAGAAUGCUGAUACAACUCUUGUGUUUGUACAUAAAUAUGAAGGUACAGUCAUGCGCUUGGUUAGCUUAGCUUAGCUUAGCUAAAA